ACGAUGCAGGUUAAAUUGUAACAGAUAACGCUGGCCGUGAUUUAGUGGUGCAAAAUGACUUAUUCAGCUUACUGUACAAAUAAUAAACAAUCGGUUUCGAUGGUAUAACGUAAAUGUACCAUCUUCAGGCACAAUCGGCCUGCAAUGUCGUGGCUCAGCUUAGAAUAAGGUCGCAUUUAUGGAAGCAAAGUUAUUCUGAUUUCAAAAGCACCGGUUGAGGCCACACAAGGUGCAUUAACCGAGGGGUUAUCCGUCUUUAAAUGCAGAUUAGACCACCGCAUCCGAGUUGUUGGGUAGGCUACACGCGCCCGUGUGCGUCUUUGUUUCAUUUUUAGGAUUCGGACAAAAGGGUGCCGCCUAUGAUUUGCUCUGAGAUAAAAUAAUCCGCCUUGAAAUAGAAUAAGACGGGCUAUUUGGUGUGGCCAUCUACAUAUUUUGAGUGGUAGGCUAUGUGCUUAUAAUGCAACUAUGUCACUGGGACAGCUGUCUGAUAUUUGGUUUCCAACGCAAGUGCAAGUGACUGUCAUCAGAGCAACAGAUUUGCAUCCAAAAGGAAAGAACAAGACCAACGACGUUUACACCAUCAUCCAGAUUGGCAAGGAGAAAUAUUCAACGUCUGUGGCCGAGAAAACCCUGAGCCCGGUAUGGAGAGAGGAGGCUUCGUUUGAGCUCCCUGGGCAGCUCCUGGAGGGCAAGACAGAGGUGGUCCAGCUGUGCCUGCUGGUCAUGCACAGGUCUCUGGUCGGCUUGGACAAGUUCUUGGGGCAGAAGAUCAUCAAUCUCAGUGAAUUCUUUCACAACAAAGAGAAAAUGAAAACAAUCUGGUACACGCUGGACUCCAAGCCUGGCAAGAGGAGCAAAGAGCGAGGCCGCAUCCAGGUCAGCAUCCAGUUCACGCGCACCAGCAAGACCAGCAGCAUGUUCGAGCUCUCGGUGCAGUCCAAGCCUCGCUCGCCCUUCUUCAAGCUCAAGGACAAGCUGAAAGGCUGCAAGCAGCAUGGCGGCGGCGGCGGCAACUUCUCCGACACCACCUCCUCCGUCGUCUCGCCUUCCUUCGGACUGUCUGGUUCUAUUGCCAAGCCGCCACCACAACACCAACACCAACGCCGUGCCUCGGAACAACCCCACCCGACCCAAACCCAUCCGGAACCACCCAAGAUUAUGAGGUCGUUACUGGUCGGCAAACACAAACUCUCGGCCGCCCAGUCGCUGUCAGAUCUGCCGGGCUCCAACGUCUGCUCCAAGAUGGACCUCAAGACUGGACAGCACUGGUACUCUCAGAGUCAAGCAGAGGAAGGCUCAGACAGCAUGAGCGGAGGAGGAGGAGAUCCUGUGUACGGGGCCAGGGACUCCAUGCCUCAGAAGUACGCCACACUCCCACGCCCAAGUCACAACAACCCGUUUGAAGCCGACCAAAACGGCUACUGGGAACAGCAGAGCGAGCGAGAGGAGCCCCAGACGCAGAAGAUCUGGAAGAAAGGCAACCCUUUUAGGUCCCACCACAAAAGCAGUGACAAUUUGAGAAUGCGACUCAGCACCCCUGAUCUCACUGCCAAGCAGAGCUUACUCGAGAAGACCGGAGGCAGCCAGAAGCAAGAAUCAAGUCAAGCCACGGUUGCAUGUUACAGCAACCUGUCAUUCGAGGAAGUCGUGCGGGAACUUCUUAAACAGAAAGAGAUUGUGAAAAAGAAGGACACGCACAUACGGGAGCUUGAAGACUACAUCGACAACUUGCUAGUCAGGGUCAUGGAGGAGACGCCUAGCAUUCUCAGAACACCGUACGAACCAAAGAGGAAAGCUGAGAAGAUCCGCAAAUGAAUUUUAAAAAGGUCAAAGGAAUCUGUGGAUCUUCUACCCCCACUCUCCUUUCGCAUGACAAAUGGGUUCUUAUUUCAGCACUGUGUACAAAAUGAAAAUCCUUGAAAGCAUAGUGGGAAACAUUUGCAUCUGAUACAAAACACACACUGCAGAAAUAAUAUAUGUCAUGCACACCGCUAUGCACCUGACUCAUGGCUAUACAUGUAAACAGGAGCUUUGGACAAACACAUUGUUAUGUUGCCAAAGACGGUGGGUAUUUCUCAAAGUGAAGAGUCCUAGCCUUGCUGGGACGAGUAACGCCCAUUUGCGCCCGGUGUAUCCAAUUAUUAACUACACUAGGGCAGUGGUUCCCAACCUAUGGGUCGGGACCCCCCUUAUGGGUCGCCAAAGAUCCACAGGGGGUGGCGGAGCCCUCUUGAUUUUAAGGGGUUUCGUUUUAAAUAUAUAUAGCCCAUGUUGAAUAAAAGACAUAGCAUUUAACUAAUAAAUGCAUAGACGCAACAAAUUGUAAGUGCUACAUUAAACAUUUAUUCUAUAUUUGACCAAAGACGAAUUGAGGAAUAAAAUAACUAAAAUAAGUUUUCGCAGGAAACCGAGGGCAUCUUGUGACUCCGUCUUGUGCGAGCGCUCGCGUGGUUGGGUCACCAAAGCAUACAAUAGUAAAAACAUGGGUCCCUUAAGAAAAAGUUUGGGAACCACUGCACUAGGCUACAACUAGCUAUUGGAUACUCUUUGUUUAAAUCUGCGAAAAAUGGGCGUUACUCGUCUUAGCAAAGCUAGGACAAUUCGCUUUGAGAAAUAUGCAGUGUUGGUAGUAUGAGUCAGAGUCCAUUGCUUUUCUGCCAUACAUACUCACAAGUGGAAAGCAAUGAAGCCGUUUGGUUUGUGUAAUUUAUCCAGUAUGUUUACAGAUUGUUUCUCUCUGGAGUUACAGAAUGUUCAAAAAAUGAAGAAACGAUAUCAAUGGUACUGCGUUACUUCUGAUCAUGUGUGAAAAACAAAAUAACGUGCUAAUACGCUCAUGACAGAAUCAAGUUUACAGGACCCCCUCGAAUAGAACAAUACAGAGCUUUAACUGGAGGUGACAGAUCAAAAUGUGUGCCAUUACGUUGUUGAUAUAUGAAAUGUGUAAUCCAGAUAUCAGCAAGGUUGAACUCAGGCCUACUGUAACUACCGUUAUGUUUCUUUAGCAUGGACAGUCUUUUUACAGUAGCCUAAUGGUUUACGAUUAAUGGUUGGACGAUGACGCUAGAGAUCCUGAAUGAAUUACUGUAUGUAUUAUGUGUGAUUACGCUGGAGUUGGCCCCUAUUCUAUAUUACGGGUUUAAGGCAAUGGGGCACUAGUUCUGUCAUUUACCCACCUAUCAUUGACCAAGUCAAAGGAAAGAGUGGUCUGCUUGAUUCGACGUACAGAGUAUACAGAGGCAUUUGCUAAAUAUUGGUUAAGCCUACCCGCUGAGAAGUCGCUGGAUAUAGAAGCUUGGUUAGACUCGAAGUCCGGACGAAUGUAGUUGUUGUGUCCACCAAGCUAGAAGCACUAGCAAUAGGUCGUUUCUGUGCGAAAAUGACCCAAAUAUGUUUCCAUCCUCUGGAAAAGCUGGAUAAAGGGUUACAGGUACGGAUGAUCAUUAAAACGUGCAAAUUACUGUUUAUUUAUAAUAAUUUAUGAUAUUUGUUUUACUGUAACACUAAAGCAUCUGUAGAAGUAGGGUAUCCUACAAGCAACAUCAUAUGGUCGUUACAUUUUUUGCCAAUUCAGAGAAAUCUGAAUGCUGAUCUAAAUUCAUGUACUCAAACAAUGAGAAUAUUAAUUGUUUGUGGCUUCUGAUGUCACUGUUACAUCCAGAUGCAAGGAAAGAAGAGUGAUGUAAUAUUUUAACUCUAAUUGUUUAAAGGGUCUACAGUAGUAGUUCAUGUAGUGCUGCUUUACCAUGUCAACCCAUAUCCUUUAUGUGUACUUCAUCUGCAAUUAAUGAAUGUAAUUUUGACUUGAUUUUUCUUUUUUACUUGUACUUUUAAGUUCAUUCCAGAUACUGAUGGUACUGAUGGUAUCCUAUUUAUUUGAUGACGAUUAAUAGUGCUCUGAAUGUAUCCAUAGGUGAGUAUUCCAGGAACAUGGCUCAGCAGUAAACCAGGUUAAGUUAAGUAAUUGAGGUAGUGGUAAAAAUCACCUAAUAAAAGAGGCGGGAGUCCUCAUUUUCUUAACUAAAUUGCACCUACAGAUGUAUCUAUUAGCAGGUUUACCACUUCCUGUGCGUUAACUUCACCAGGUUUAUCACUUAACCAUAUUCUUGGAAUAGUCCACAGAUAGGGUAUUAACAAUGUUCCAAAAAAGUCAAGUGUGGAACACUUGGAAUUCUUUCACAGUGUUUGCUCUUUUGGCUUCAUAAUUGAAGCGUAAAAUAAUGGUUUUAUAAGUUCUGGACACAGCAAUAUGAUAUUUGUUUACAGGAUGUUGUAUUUUCUUUUUAAUGCACUAUGCUGUUAUUUGUUGGUGUCAAACAGCAGUCUGAAGUGAUUGGUGAUUACUAUUUGCCUGAAUCGUUUGAAGUGAGGGAGCACCAUCCCUAACAAUCCAAGCACAGUACUUCCAAGUCUAUUGAGUACACUACACAGUAAUGAAGGGUGAUAUGGGUAGGAAACAUUUGUGGAACAGAUUUUUUUCAUCAGUAUGUCAUAGGGUUGCCAGAUGAGACUGAUGUGUUCCAGCCCAAAUAAUGCUCAACACCUGCAUGGAAGCACUAAAUCCCGCCCAAUUUGAACUAAAUUCUAUUGAUAUUUUUGGCCAAAAAUGUGCAGGAAAACCCACUCAAAAUGUCCUUUUUACCCGUAGACAGCCAUCCUCAGCAGCCCAAUUGGGCGGUAAACAUCCCAAUCUGGCAACAUUCCUUAUUACCUGUCUAGCUUACAUUCUUUUGUUUUGAUGACUACAUUUGUGUUUGUAAAUAGGAGUAGUAUCUUGCCUCUGAAUCAUUCAUAGUUACACAUCCAUUGAAUUGUCUGGCACCUUUCCUUCUUAUCACUCUUUUACUCUGUCCAUUCACUAUACUACUAGAGGUACGGUAUGCCUUAUUUCCACUGUCAACAUUUGUUUAUUUCUUAUGCCUGCCAAAGCCUUGGGUGUUCUAUGCUGUCAUCAGUUAACAUAAUAAAAUCACACCAAGUCCAAGUCUGAGUGUGAGUGAGUUUUCCUCCUUUCCCCAAGUGUGGAGUUAUGCCUGUAUACAUUUAGUGAGAUAUGUGCUGAAUUCCUUGGUCAUGU